UCUGCAGAAGCAGCAAACACCGGCGGUCUACAGCGGGAACAGUCAGCUGGAGUUUAACGUAAAGCGCGUGUUUGAUGGAAUCUACGAGAAAAAUGUGACGAUUCGCGGUGCGUGUGCGCGCGCGUGCAGGUGAGAGCUGCGGUCUGCGGGUCGGAUGGAAUAAAUCAGGUCCUCGUACCGACGGAGCCUCCGGUACGUUUCCAGCUCCAGAUUCCUGAAAACGUUCUGGAUACACGAUGUGAGGAUCCGUCAUCGAGCCGUUAAAUGGACACAUUUUAAACUAUAGUUCUGCACUUGACAAGGACGCAGUGACUUACAGCCUCCUUGGAAACGCAGCAGCAUUUUUCUUCAGCGUUUUAAAUGUGUAAGUGGAAAGAGUGCAACACUGUGACGUGCUGAACGUGCGGUUUCCAUCCUCGAGAUGAGUGUCUCUGAGCCCGCUAAUAGUUUCCCUGUCAGGGGGACGAGCGGCUCCUGCAUGAAGCUCCCUCUCCACAGUGCAGGAGACCACAAUGGGAAUGCUUUCCCAAUUUCAUCUUCCUCCUCAUCCUCCUCUUCAUCCUCCUGUCUGGGGGAGUCAUCUCCUGAGUCACUGCGGAGUCUGAGCAGCCUCAGCGGGGGCCGGACUGACAGCCCACUGGACUACGACAUGUUUGAGGUCACCCUGACAGCAGUGAACACUGUAAAUUUGAAAUCUGUCAUUUCAGACUGGACGCCGGAGGAAGAACGUAAGCCAGAUGACAGUGAUGACGUCUCACUGGGGAAGUCACAAACUGCAACAGAGCUGUCGGAGUCCAACGAUAACUCUGUGUCAGUUUACCUGGACGCCAACAGUGACGAAUGCUCUCGGGACAGCUGGAACGACAACCUGACGCUCGCCCUGUCGCUGACAGGAAACGGCAGCCUCUGUGGCAUUAAUGAUGACCUCAGCAGUGGAAGCAGUAAUGGGAGGAGGCAUGGCUCCUCAACUCCAGACUCAGACGCAACAGAAAUCCCAGCUGAUGACGAUGACGAGGAGGCUUUGUUUGUGUCUGUGAGCUCUGAUGUGGAUGUGCAGAGAAGCAGUGCGACACUCACGAGCUCAGUUUGUCAGUCCAGUGACAGCGUUGUGAUGACUGUGAAUACUGAGCUCCAGACAGAGGCGCCUGUGGCUCAUAAUGAGAGCUCAGAGGUGGUGGUAGAAGGGCCUGCGGUCCCCUGUCCUGAGGGAAGUCAGACAGAGCCUCCUGCCUCUGAGGAUCUCAGCGAAAGCACACAGAUGCCAGCUGAAGAUGUCAAGAAAUUCACUUCUCCUCCACCUGAAGAGGCUGAAACAUGUGCAGUGGGCUCCAAACCCUCCCACCCUAAUACGAGUCUGCCAGCCACAACAGCAAGAAUUAAACCUGCUUUCAGGUUAGCCACCACCACAACUGUCAAACCAUCCAGUCCAGAAGCAAAGAGGGUUUCCAGAGUGGACUUGAAAACGGUCAAGGCUAAAGUUGGUUCACGGCCUAACCCAUCCCCAUCUAAAACAGCCAUCCAGAACAAAUCUGCCCCACCCAAUGGGAAGAGAGCUGUUCUGAGAAAGGAGGAAGUGCCGACUGCUGACGGAGGUAAAAGGCAGAGGUCAUCUGCAGGGCCGGUCAAAGUGGCUGUUGUGCUGAAACCUAACAGAGGAAAGAACAGCAGCCUUAAGACCAAUCACAGGACAGCAGCCGGUGACCCUGCCGUACCACAGAAGAAGAGUUUAGCCGUCAGUCGAACACUGUCCACUUCAACCAGCUCUCUGGGGUCUGAGGUUGCUGGGGAAAAACACCUAAAUGCUCCCAGGAAGGCUGAGCAGGAUGUGCCUGGUAAACAUGGAAAAUCUGAUGAUGAGGAAACAAAAUGCCCAAAUGAGGAAUCUGUGGGGGAGCAAACGGAGUGCACAGGAGAGGCUUUAUUGUCAGGAACCGCUGUGGAGAAACCACAAACUCCUACCAGGAAAGUCUCCUCCAAGCUGGGACCCAACACCAGGCACCAGGGGAGAGGCACCAGAGUGGAUAAGGGGCCCUCAGGACCAGCUCCGGGCUCGGGGACUGGACCUCCAGGUCAGGGAAGCCCUGGACCCAGGCAAGCCCAGACUGAUGGCUCCACACUGGGAGAAGGUGGACAAAGUGCUGGGAGUGGAUCUCCAACCAGAGUGAGACAGAGCCAAAGUCAGAGCCAGGGUAUCCCGAAACCCCGCACCAGUGCAGCCCCUGGUUCCACAGCGGCUAAACCAACAGCCAAUCAGCAGUCAGGGUCAGCGGGGCGACCUGCCGCACCCACCACUGCCUCAAAACUUCCUGUUAAAGGGUUACCCACAAGCCUUAGCUCCUCCUCGCUGGGAAGUAACGAGAACAAUGGAGUCACAGGCAAAGUAUCUCCAGGAGCUCCAGCAGCAGCAGCAGGGGCCAUACCAGACGAGCAGCCCAGCAGAGCCGCGCUUUCUGUGGGCAGCCAGAGCACAGCAAAGCCUCCCGUCUCCACCAGCACCAGUACUCCCAGUGACGCAGUUACAAGCAGCCCCACCACUGCUGCUCCAAAGCCUCCCGCCUUGAGGAGCAGAGCUCUGUCUCUGCAGGCCAGGAGCUCUGCUACCGGUCUGAAAGCCCCGGCGGUCACCAACCAGAACACGGCGAAGACGGCAGCUGCCGGUGUGGCGAAGUCGAGCCCUGCAGCCGGUCAGGGGAUCGCAAAGCAGGCGACGCAGUAUCCGUUACAGCGCAGCGGCUCGGCGAGACUCAGCCGGCUGAACAGCACAGUGGAUAAAAACAAGCCGCGGGAGGCGCCGACGAAAACGCCAUCAAACAGCAACAGCGGCUCACAGACGGCAGCAUCUGCAGGAGGAAACAUCCAGAGCCAGCAGCUGCCUCCACCUGACCUGAUACCAGAUGACGUGAAUGCUAAUGCACCAGUGGCGCCAGUUCCCCCAGUGCCUGCCACUAACACCGCCAACACUGCCACGCCAGGAACCACUGGAGCCCCUGCUCUCAGUUUUAAAGCAAGAACUGGGACGCGAUCCGGCCCCAAAUCAGGGUCCCGCUUUCAGAGCGCAUCCAGAGCUGGAGGGCAUGGAGGGGUGGUGGCGGACGGGGCGGUCACGACAAAACAGAACCACAGCAAAGAGCAGGCGGAGAAGAAGAACCAGGCCAUCGCUCAGCUGAGGAAGCUGCUCGUACAAGGAAAUAAAAGAGUGGAGGCUCUGGCUACAGUCAUCCAGCAUAUCUUUACUGAGCGCGAGGAAGCCUUGAAGCAGAAGAAGGAGCUGUCGCAGGAGCUGGCAGAGCUCCAAGACAAGCUGGUCACAUCGUCGCAGUGCUGCGAGCGUCUGCAGAAGGAGAAGGAGGAGGCGCGCGUCGGCUUCGAGGAGGCCCUGAAGAGGCUGCAGGAGCAGCACCAGGAGGAGCUGACACAGCUGGAGCACCGACUGACGAGUUUUUACCAAACCGAGUGGGACAAAGUCCACCAGACGUACCAGGCGGAGGCUGACAAAUGUCGCGUCCUGAUGGAGAAGCAGGUGGAGGAGCUGAGGAGCCAACAGGAAGCAGAGAGGAAGAACCAGGAAGUGAGUCACAGCCAGAAGAUGGAGUCUCUCAAACAGCAGUACGAGGCCUCCUUAGAAGAGCUGAAGAAGAUCCACCAGGCAGACCUGGAGAACCUGGAAAAAGCACUGAAGGACACGGAAACAUCUCUCUCUGAAAAAAUCUCCGAGCUCACAACAGAGAAGGAGGAUCUGAGUGAGAAGCUGCAAGCCGAAGAGGAGAGGAGGAAGAGGAUACUCACGGACAAGAAUCUGAAGGACUCCCACACAGUGUACCUGGAGAAGGAGCUGGAGAGUCUGAAGGUGGUGCUGGAGAUCAAGAACAACCAGCUGCAUCAGAAGGAGAAGAAGCUCAUGGAGAUGGACAAACUGGUGGAGACUAACGUGAAGCUGGAGGAGUGUCUGAAGAAGGUCCAGCAGGAGAACGAGGACUACAAGGCCAGAAUGGACAAACACGCCGCUCUCUCCAAGCAGCUGUCGAAUGAGCAGGCCAUACUCCAGCAGACGCUGCAGAAAGAGUCAAAGGUCAACAAGCGCCUGUCCAUGGAAAACGAGGAGCUGCUGUGGAAGCUGCACAACGGCGACCUGCUGGCGAGCCCCCGCCGCCUCUCACCCACCUCCCCCUUCGGCUCGCCACGGAACUCUGCCUCUUUCCCCACAGCUGCGCCGUUAUCACCCAGAUAACCCCACAGCGGAGCUCCCGCCUCCUCUGACCUCGUGGUUUCUCCUCGUCGCCUCAGCGGCUCCGAGCAGACGCACUGGAGUCGCAGCGGCGCUGCUGGAAACGAAUCCCGUCUCAAACUUGUACAUUUUAAAUAUCUUAUUUUGAAAGGACGCUGCAGCGGCACCGAUGCACUUAAAUCUGAGCACAGCCCCGGCCGUGCUCUCAAUCUACCAAACGCCUGAUCCUCCAACCAAGCUUUCUUCUUUUUCUGAAGAAACUAACAGGCACACCUCAGGGUCUGUACAUAGCGCCUCUCCUGUGUUUAUGCUGUAGUGCAGACUGCUCCUCUGCUCGCCUUUCCGAGGUGGGGGCUGAUUAAGAACCUUGGGUUUGGGGUAUGUUUGUGGAAACAGACUCUGAGCUGUUUGGGUUUGAUGGAUCAGGAACUGACGGGUUCUUCACGGAUCCUUUUUUUUGCCUUUUCACGCCUUUUUAAGGAGAUUUUUUUUUUUUUUUCCCCUCCAAAGAGCGAAGCUCAAUCACUGAUCUGCUCUGGACGUCUGACCGAAGUGGACGAACUCUAAACGGGAGCAGUUUGUUGAUGUGAAUUACAGUCACACAAACCUUUGUCCUCUGUGUAAGCUCCUCACAACCUCUACCUUAAUCUGCUUUGUGGAAUGUAAUCACCCCUGGAUGUUAGCUGUAAGCAGGCCAGUCUCAGAGCCAAAUAUGCCCCCCCACUCCAGUGUCAUGCCCCUGAAAUCACCUGGUGCCCAAACAGAAACAAGUCAGACCUGAACCUGUUGUAGUGAUAUGUCUCUGCCCCCCUCCCACACACACACACACACACACACACACACACACACACACACACACACACUGGCCUGUUUUAAUAAAUCCCAAAACUCUGUUUCUGUUGUUUGUCCUGAAAAACCUCAGAUGUACCCAGAAUGCCUCAGUGUACAAUGUUCUCUUUUAUUUUGGACACAGAAUAAACGCGACAUGACAUCA